CUGAAUUUAGUGCAGAGUGUGUACAUGCUCUUUCUAGAAGAAUGGAAGGUUCAGAAUUUCGUCUUAUCAGCAAAUUUGAUAAUAUUGUUAUCAAUAUUUGGGAAACUUUAAAGACAUAUCAAUCUUUAGCUAUUGACAUUAACCGAAAUGUUAAAGAUCCAUCAGGGAUUACAAUUGAUUCUUUACAACCAGAUGUACUUGUAUGGGUUCAAGAUGCAUUGGUUUUCAAAGCAGAAAAAAAGAAGGAUGGUAAUUUUAGUGUAGUAAUGGAGGAAUUAAGGGAUAAAAUGAAGGAUUGGAAUUUGGUAUCAUGUGGAAAUCUUCCUUAUAUUCUCUCAUAUGGUGCAGUAAAGGAAAAUCUUCAAUUCUUUGCCAUUACUAAAGAUUCCAAUUUGAUGUCAAUUUCACCUCGCUAUAAUAUUUCUACAUUUGCUGGUGAUAAUGAAGAUGAUGAUAUGGAAGGUGUUAGUAGCAGCAACAAUAAUGGCAGUUGUGGCAUUAUGAAUAAAAAUAAUUCAAAUAUAGAGAAUGAAUUAAAUUUUAUCAAUCUAACACAAAAUAGUGAUGGUGACGAUGAUGGAAAGGAAGAUAGCAAUGUUAAAGAUAUUCAAACAACGGCUACUGAAAUUGAAAAGGCUGCUGAUGCUAAAGCCAUUAAUAUUAAUCAAAAUAUAGCCCAUUUAAAUAAUGUAGUUGAAAAAUACCAAUUCACAAUAGACAAAAUAACAAGAGAAUUGGAUCAACUACAGCUAGAAAUGUACAAUGACAAGGAAGAGGAUGACAAUGAAGGGAAAAUAAACCAAGAAGAUAGUAUUGAUGAUGUUGUUGUUUUGGAGAAUAUAGUAGAAAAAGAUGAAGAGGAAAGACAAGAAAUUGUAAGUACCAUUAUGUCUACAAAGGAUGAUAAUGAUAGCAAUGAUGGUGAUGAUCUAAUGGACCUGACAAAUAAUUUAAAUGAAUCAACAAAUACCAGAU